UUUCUCCUUCAUUGUGUUCUCUCAUUCACACACACUCAUACUCACACAAAGAGAGGCAAAAAUGACAACUAAUCCAGUGCCGCCGCUCGAUUUUCAGAAUACCGGACCGUCGAGUAUUGACACGCUGCUCAACGCUGUGCUUGUGUUUGAGCAACCAAACGCGACCAUCCAUUUCAAGACGAGUGACACGGGCGACGCUCGAAUCUCGUGGGGGAACAACUUGAACAAGGAACUGCUUCGCAUCCGCUUUGCGAAAGACUUGAACGGUCUUGGGAUUUGGACGAGCGGUAUCUCGUUCCACACCCAAGCCGACACCUCGUCCUCGUCGACUCCCAUCAACAACAUGAACAUCAACGAUGACGGCGAGGUUCUUCAUCGCGGCUUUACCUUCCUCGGCGCCUACUACGCAUAUCAAGGCCUCGCUCAGAUGGAAGCCCUGCACUGGGGCACUCUGCCUCAGGCCGGCUAUGUGUACGAGGCCGAGUUGCUCAACUCCCCAGCGUUCAACGCAAACCUGUGCGUCCGCAUUUCCGGUGUGUUCAUCCGGUCCAACAACACGAUUGUUCCGCUACUGUCUGGCAACACUGAGGAGUAUGUGAUUGCCUAUCUUCGGCGUCCAAACCACUACUCGCCUUACAGCCUCUGCCUGUAUGUGGGCCCCUUUGCCUCGGCGGCCGCUGGUCGCGACUACCGUGUCGUGAUUACGUAUGCGCUCCAGUAUCCGCCAGCACCGCCGGUCGUUCCUCCUCAGGCCUCAUCCACCGUCCGGGAGCUGCCCAAGGGGGUGCUCCCGAGCCAGCGCCGCGAUGAAUCUGUGCGCCACAACCCGGGAGCUCCCUCGUGGAAGGAGUUGCGCGCUCUGCGCACCAAUGGCGACUACCAUCCCUCUCCAGACUAUCGUCGGAAGCCCACCCCUGCACAGUAAAAAAAAAAAACGGAGCCGCCCACGUCGCCGCCCACGUCGCCGCCUUUCGUUUGUUUUUUUGGCUUGUCGUCCGGUGCAGUUGAACCUUCUUGCAUGUGUGUUGAUUGUUUUUGUUGAUUUCUGCUUGACGUGCGCCGAUGUUGGAAUCCUACCACCAAACGGGGGGAGGGCCGGCGGGUACCCGCGCUGAAGCUGACCACAACAGUGUAAAAUGGAUGUUGCUUGUUUCGGAUGUAUGUGGGUCAAUCUGCACAAUGUUUGUUCACAAAGGGGAAAAAAUGCACUUCAUGCACCAA